UCCUUAGUGCGGGUAUGGAGACCUGCAUAUUUAUACUAAGAGCUGCACUGGGAAGGAGAAAGACAAAACUGUUAUGUUACACCACAGUGGUGUUAUUAAUGGAAUAUGCCGCUGACUACCAAGAGAUUUCUUUGCUUCAUUCGUAAACCAGAUUCUUCGAAGCUUUCCUCGCACAGUCUUCUACAACGUAACAUGACUAAACUCACAGAGUGGAUUGUAUUUGCUGGACUAGCGUUUUCGAUUUGGAUUACACUAUUAACGGACAUUUUACCGUUAAAAGUAUCUUACAAGGCAAAGGAGGUGAUAUGGCCGAUGCCAGUAUAUGCACUGAUUGUAUUUGGAUGUUAUUCUUUAGCCACAAUAGGAUAUCGUGUAGCCACUUUCAAUGACUGCGAGGAAGCUUCGGAAUCGUUAAAACAGGAAAUAAAAGAUGCAAGAGAAGACUUAACAACAAAAGGAUUCAAGUUUGACUGAAACUCAAACCUAAUAGAAAUUUUAAAAUUGUUGUCAGAGAUGACUUAAGAAUCAUAACAUUAUUACUUUACCACAUGGACACAAUGGCAUCACUCAGCUCAGAACAAAACAACACAAACAAUACAGGAUACAGCAGUUGCCUACUCCUCUAUGUAUUGAAGCACAAAAACACUUUAGACCAUGUAUAACAUCAGUGGUACAUUAAUUAUAUUAGUGAAGAUGAAAUAAUAAUGUGAUAAAAUAUUUUAUAAAAAUAUGUUCAUGUAACAGGCAUUCUGAUUGGUUUAAACAAGUGUAGAAAGUAUAUAAUAAAGCAUAGGUUUUAGCCUGCA